UAAGAAAAUCCCAUCGAACUAGAUACUAAUUAUUUCCCAUCCACACACGCCCUCCCUUCCUCCAAAGCCAUGAACGCCACCACCACAGUCAUGUCUCUUACACCAACAAAACCUUUCACUCAUUCUUCCCCUCAAUUUCCCUCAUCUCCUCCCCAACAUCUUCGCCCCCUCCGAUCUCUCUCUCUCAUCGCCAUCAAAUCCAGAAUAACCACCAACGCCACCACCAACGACGGCGGCAACGCAUCACCACCGCCUCCGCCGCCUAUAACGCCGCCGGACGCCGUCGAGAUCCGAUUCCGGAGAGGUUCGAGAAGGAAAUCGAGACAGCAAGAUGGGGGACCGAAGAAGGCAGAGCAGAAGGGUACGGUGGCGACAAAGGAUUGGGAAUCGAUGAGCAUGACAGAGAAGGCGAUAGAGCUUUACAUGGGAGAGAAGGGCUUGUUGUUCUGGAUUAACAAGCUCGCUUACGCUUGCAUUUUUAUUGUGAUUGGGGCUUGGAUUUUGUUCAGGUUCGUUGGUCCAGCACUCAAUCUCUACCAGCUUGACUCUGCCCCUCUCUCUCCAACCUCCAUCUUCAAGAGCUAAGCCCCCAUGUUCGUUCAUUAUCAUUACCUUUUUGGGGCUUUGAAAGCUCAAAAAACUGAAAAUUAUGUGGUAGAAUGGGGAAUUUUGUAAGUUUAAAAUUCAUUUGAUAAAAAUUUCAAGUGUGGAAUUAAAGCAA